AUGUCGAGCGGAAAGCAUAGUGUGGGAGAGGUAGUGAAAGCGGAGGUUAAAGUAACUGCUGUAAAGUACCCGUUUUGGUUUGGAGGUAGUGCAAGUUGUUUUGCGGCUUGUGUUACUCAUCCAUUGGAUCUUGUUAAGGUCCGAUUACAGACUCGAUCCGGCAAUGCGCCCAAUACUAUGGUUGGCACAUUCGUGCAUGUCUUAAAGCACAAUGGUGUUGUUGGACUUUAUUCGGGACUUAGCGCUUCCCUUCUGCGCCAAAUAACAUAUAGUACUACUCGAUUUGGCAUCUACGAAAAGCUCAAGACAAAUCUCACAUCAGGAAACAAACCUCCCUCCUUCCCAAUUCUUAUCGCCAUGGCCUCCACUUCAGGUUUCAUUGGUGGAAUCGUAGGAAACCCAGCCGAUGUUUUGAAUGUGCGCAUGCAGCACGAUGCUGCAUUACCAGUCGAGCAGAGAAGAAACUAUAAAAAUGCUGUGGAUGGAUUAAUACGCAUGACGAAAGAAGAAGGGUGGAAAAGUCUGUACCGCGGAGUGUGGCCGAACAGUAUGCGAGCUGUCUUAAUGACUGCUUCGCAAUUGGCCUCUUACGACAGCUUCAAACAGCUACUCAUUCGGCAUACACCAAUGGAAGACGGACUCUCGACACAUUUUACUGCUUCGCUGAUGGCGGGUUUCGUGGCUACCACGGUUUGCAGCCCAGUAGAUGUUAUCAAGACAAGAAUUAUGAGUAGUCAUGAAAGUAAGGGAUUAGCGAGACUCUUGACGGAUGUAUAUAAGGUAGAAGGUGUUGGAUGGAUGUUUAGGGGUUGGGUGCCGAGUUUUAUUCGUCUGGGACCACAAACCAUCGCAACGUUUCUCUUCCUUGAACAACACAAGAAGAUAUAUCGAUCUCUAAAAGGAAUCGCAGAGCCCGAAGCCGCGAUUGUCUAA